AUGCAUCUCAAAGUCCACCCAACUGAGAUUCGUUUUGUUCGCGGACUUUCAGGAUAUUUUCACAAGGAUCUCCAAGCAGUGAAAAACAGUCCGAAUUACGACCCUUUGAUCGAUAACAUCGCACCUGUGACGUCAGGUUUCGAAAAUGUUGUUCAAGCAGGAGAGGUCAUCUCCGUUCUAAUUCGUCUUCCCAAUGGAGCUGUAGCCAUUGGCGAAUGCGUAGAUGUCAUCUUCUCCGGAACUGCAUCUCGAGAUCCUCUCUUCAUACCCAGUGAGCAUCUGUCCCUGCUCAACGAAGUGAUCAAGCCCAGGCUCCUUGAACUCGAUGUCUCAACAUUCCGUUUCAAUUCUGUCAAAAUCGAUGAGCAGUGGCCGGAACUAGGCAACAAAAGAUUGCACACCGCUGUUCGCUAUGGUCUCAGUCAAGCUCUUCUUUCUGCAACUGCUCUAGUCCACCAUUGCACAAUGGCCGAGGUCGUUUCCCGAGAGUGGAAUACAAGAAUCAGCAAAAGGCCGAUAGAUAUCCUUGCCUCUUGUCACCGAAACGAUGAUCUGCAACUGGAUCGGAUGAUCAUGAAACAGGUGGCUAUGCUUCCACAUGCCUCAUUUGUCCAUGUAAACGAUAUCGGCCCCAGGGGCAAAACGAUGCUCGAAUACGUGGCACAUGUCUCUCGGCGGAUCCAAGAGCGGGGAGAUGCGGACUAUCAACCCCGACUCCACUUUGAUGUCUAUGGAACAAUUGGUGAUGCGUUCCUGGAGGCGGAUAUACCGGACUUCUUGCGAAAGGUUGAGGAGGCGGCAAAGCCAUAUCAAGUCCUCAUCGAAUCUCCCAUUGUUUCUUCAAGCAGGGAGUCACAAAUUCUGAGCAUGAAGCAACUGAGGAAGGCUCUUUUAGCUCGCAGGAUCAACGUGAAGAUCGUUGGGGAUGAAUGGUGCAACACCCUUGAUGAUAUCAAGAUGUUUGCUGAAGCCAAUGCUGUUGAAUUUAUGCAAGUGAAAACACCGGACCUGGGUGGUCUUCACAACUCCAUUGAUGCAGUGUUGUACUGUUUGAAAGGAAAUGUUGGUUGUUGUCUUGGGGGAUCUGCGAACGAGACGGAUAUUUCAGCGCGGGCGACUGCCCAAGUUGCUUUGGCUACACAGCCGCAAUUUCUAUCGAAGCCUGGAAUCGGGGCUGAUGAAGGACUGAUGAUCUUGACGAAUGAAAUGACCAGAACAUUGGCACUGAUGAAGGACUCACAAUGGUGCUCAUGA